AGCCAUGACCAGCCUUUCAAAGCUCGUCAUGGCUAUAAAUAGUGUAGUAGUAGGCUACUGUAAUAGUAGUACAAAUAAUAAUAGUACUGUAGUAUUAGUAGAAGUAACCUAGUAGUAGUUUAAUCCCUGGUUAGUCUACACUGUCAUGUACAAUCACUGAAAAAUCCCUGGAUUAAGCACACUGCCGCUUUAAGAGUGCUCGUCCCCCUGUGGCAUUUAAACGCUUUCAGAAUCGUCGUUGCAGAUGUGUCACACUUCAUGCCUGGCUCGCGCUUCAAUUUAGUUUACAUUCACCGCACACGCACCGAUACACACACGUUAUUAGGGCAUUGUAUUAGGAGCAGGGCAAUGGCUUCAGUGAGUGUGGUAGGACCAAGACAGCAUCGUCCUAGCCCAGACCAGGAGUUUUUCUUUAAGGAAAUAACGGCCACCGGGAAGAAGAAAAUAACGUUACCGAGGAAAUACUCCCUGGAGAAUAUGGUGACCAGGAAGAUAUCGGUGAAGCGGGAGUGCGGUUCGGUGUCGGUCUUAUCAGCAGUCACAGCAACCCCGCUAAACCCGUCUCUGACCCCGGCACACCAGAGAGCAGCAGCCGAGGUAGGAGGGGGGAAUCCCGGGGUGAGAAGUGGGGCUCAGCCGGAGCUGGUGCCACGUAGCUUCGACAGAGAACGCGACAGCAGCAGGCCUGAUUGUGGGCACACGGAGAGAGACACGACGGCGGCGAGGGAGGACACUGGUCAAUGCGGACGGAAGGCAAGCGGCAAUGACUAUGCCGAUGACGGAGGGAGUUUACUGAAGACCGUCACAAAUGUUCGGUCAAGCACAUCCGCCAACGAACAGAUAGCAGAUGCCAAGUGUGACAGAUCAAGCGCGCCCACAAACGGACACACUGGCGCACACUCACAUCGGGACCGGCCAGUCAGGAUGCGCGCAUCCUACAGCCUCCCUGGUGAGAUCACCGGGCCGGGUACCAAAGGGGACACCGGGGGGCCACCGAUGGAGCGGUUGACACAGGGAAGGACAGGGGUCGUUAAACUCGUGCGCACAGAACCACACCGGAAGGAGGCCUGGUCAAUAUUUGCCUCCCAGGAGCAGGAGGACCCGCGCGUCCGUGCGGAGACAGGGGAGGGCCACCUGUUCUGGACCAGAACAGUUACUCAGGACUGGUGCGACGUUUGUAACCAGCCAAUCAACGCCCAGCAGGCGCUCAAGUGUAAAAACUGCAGCUACACCUGUCACCUGGAGUGUGAGGGGCGGGUCCAGCUGGACUGCAACCAGAGAGACAGCAACCCACAGGAAACUCCAUCUCCCAGAAGACACUGCUCCACGCCUCCUCAGUACAAGCAGAAUGAGGUCAAAGAGGAACAGGAGGGAGGACCCAAGGCUCUGUCAGAAAAAGAGGUGCGUGCCAGGAUAGAGGACUACAACUCUAACGUCUCAGAGAAUGGCAUGAAACUGGCUGCUGAUGGCUUGUACACUGGCUUCAUUAAGGUCCACCUCAGGCUGAGUCGGCCAGUCACGGUGCUUGCUGUGGACGGUGCGGGAUUAGAGGAACUGUCAGGCAAGCCAGACAGACGCGGUCGACCAAUGACGGUGUCAGAGGGCCAGGAGGGAGCGGGGUUGAGUGACAAGCGGACGUCGUUCUACCUUCCCAGUGACUGUGUGAAGCAACUCCACAUCAGUAGUACUACCACAGUCAGGGAGGUCAUACAGGGCCUGCUGAAGAAGUUUAUGGUGCUGGAUAACCCACGCAAGUUUGCCCUGUACAGACAGACACACCGCGAUGGACAGGAUCUGUUUCAGAAACUUCCUCUGGUGGAGUGUCCUCUCUGUCUGAGACUGGUGGCAGGGCCAGACCCUGAGCUGCUCAGCUUUGUCCUCAAGGAGAAUGAGACCGGAGAGGUGGAGUGGCAUGCGUUUUCAGUUCCUGAGCUGCAGAACUUCCUGGUGAUUCUGGAGAAGGAGGAGACUGAGCGUGUGCGAUUGGUGGAGCAGAGAUUCACAGCUUACCGACAGAGAUUGCAGAAGGCACUAUGCGAGCAUCAACCCUGAUCCCUCACCCUUGAUCCCUCAUCCCUAAUCUCUCACCCUGACCCUUCAACCCUCACCCUUCUGUUGACCCAGGGAGAGACAGGAGACCACUGAAGCUCACAGACUACUAUUCUCCCCUCAUUACACGGUCAGCCCCCCUCCACUCCUCCUCCUCACCCCCCUUGAGAAGAGAGGAGGGCUUGAGAAAGCAUGGAAAGGGAAAAGGGGACUGAUUAAAGGGUGAGUGGGCAGGAUUCUGGAACAUAAUCAGUGUUUCCCUGGGAGGUGAAAGACACGAUGAACUGACGGACCCUCUGGGCUCAGAUAUCUCAUUUUGGUCUGACAAUGUGACCUGAUGGGUCUCCUAAUGUUACAUUGAAUCUCAGUUUGGUCUGAUUAUGUUUUUAAGAUUAUACUGCUGCUAUUGCAAGUGUUACUUAUUUACUUCCUGAUGUAUUUACUAAGGCAUGAGUCUCACCCUGCUCUAUCUGCCCCAGCGCCCCUGCAUAAAGAUUCAGAUGGACUACAACAGACAUUACCAUUCAAAACAACGCUCCAUGGUGGAUGGAUCAUUUGGAAUGUUCCAUUACUUGAUGUUUACGAUAUCAACUCUCAGGUUGUCCCUGCAUGCCUUCUGUCCAGGGUCGAGGGUAGGUUAGAAGGGUAGGAGACGGGUGGGUAUGCUUGGGUUGAGAUGCUGGGGUAAAGCUAUGUUCGUCUUCAUCUUCAGACUCCUCUCAUAUCAGUCCCAGGGAUGUACACCAGUGUUUCUCAUAGAACUGCUCUGCUGAGCUAAGGAGGCAACAGAAGAAGACCUGAGCUCUCUAUCCUAAUUUAUUUAUCCGAAAUAAUUUAUCUGAAAUAACCCCUCUAUCUCAGGCGGCUAACUUUCACUUAAUCCUGCAUCUCCAUCUACCUGGGUAACCAUGCUAGUGUGGGUGGUGUUGUGCAGAUAGACGUAUAUACAAUAGAUAAUCUCCAUCUACCUGGGUAACCAUGCUAGUGUGGGAGGUGUUGUGCAGAUAGAUGUGUAUAUCAUAAAUAGAUGCUAUUCCCAUAGACACUAGUCUCUUCAGAUAGCCAUUGAGUACCCUGACUACAUUCACAUAAACAGAGACAUAUAUCUUCUGUACCCGUUAUUCAUUCACCCAUCCUACAGAAGCUAUGUCUUCCGUACCUGUUAUUCAUUCACCCAUCCUACAGAAACAAUCAGUAGAUUCCUUCAUUGCAUGAAUCGUCUGCUGGAGUUUAAAGCAUUUACAGUUGAUGUUUUGACUCUUCAUAUACUCUUCACCCUUCCCUCAUCAAUAACCUCUGACCUUUAUCUCCUGAACCCUAACCUGGAAAUGUACAUUUCUCCUGAUGGGAGACUGCUUUGCUGCUGUUCCCAGUGUCUGUGGAGAAGGUAUGCAGCUGUAGCUACUGUUGUUAGAGGCCUGUUAGAGCCAGCCACUCUGUGCUGCUGUGACGGGCCCCUGAAGCCCUGCUACUGAGCCGACUGUUACAGGACCGAGUGAAUGAGGAACUGAUGCUCAAACACUGAUUGAGGGUCAAAAUGUCAUCUGCCAGUAGUUGUUCCUGGUCAGUUCAUGUAGUUAGGAAAAACUCCUGUUCCUAUAGUUCAUUGAGCUGAGAAACCCCAUUCUGGUGAUCACAUCAAAGUUAAGAGGGACAGGGGCCGUGGGAUAUGCCUGACUGAAAAGAUGACGUAUUGUAGGAAAAUACUUUUUUGCACACUAAUUCUGGCCACAGAUUGCAUGACAUUUGUGAUUUUUUCAUUCAUUUUUUAAGGGAAAUUGAUCAUACAAUUAAUGUUUAUCUGAGUGUGAUGCAUAUGUAUAUAUGUAAACAUUGGAGGACAAAUUAUUAUUAUUGAUUAUAACUAUUGUUAGUUGAAUUGGUGUGUGCGUCUGGGUUGAAGAUAAAGGUAUAAAUGUUAUAUGAUAGUUCAUAUCUAUGUAUUCCAGUCAGUCUCUCUCCUCGUCCAAAAGCACAUGCCUUCCUGAUGCUGAGCCCCUUCAUCAAGCCUGUUUUAUUCCUGCCCUCACAGGGCUUAUAGAAGCCACACAAACAGAUCUGAGACCAGACUACAUGUCAACGAUGGAAACCAUAAGAUUGUGUGUGUGUGUGUGUCUUUGUGUGCUUACAUCUGCGUGUGUGUUAUUUAUUUUAUGGUUCACCCGCUUCGGCUUGGUGUUAAGUGUCAGAGGAUGUGGGCAAUCAAUGCUUUCCAAUAAUCUCUUAGUUUGGUUUAUCUGAAUAAUCAGAUGUGUAUAUAGAUAUCUGUAAAGAAAAUGAAGAAUUAAAUAAAUGUCAUCCUUUAA